AUACCACCGGGUACACCGUAUCUCAUUAAUCACAUAGUGUUAUUGAAUGUCAGUUUUUAGUAUAGUUGAAUAAAAGCCUGAAUGAAUAGUGACGAAGGUUUUGAGGCCACUGAUCUAGUUCACGUUAUCACAUCAGACGAACAACAACCGGAAUUCGGAACCAACCAGAUUGAAAAGCAAACAUGAGCACAGAAGAGGCCACAGCAACAGCCACAGCAGAGGAAUGUCCUGCCCGUAUUGUUGUCGCUAUAGACAACUCAAUCCACGCUGAACAAGCUUUUGAAUUUUACCUUAAUAGGAUCCAUCGCCCUGGUUAUGAGGUGGUGUUUGCCCACAGCGCUGAACCUCCGCACGUCGGAGGUGGGAUGGCCGUAGCAGGAUUUGGGGUCGCUGCCACGCCUGGGCAGUACGAAGCCUUGCUUGAGAAACGCCGGGAGGAAGUUAGAGAAUUACAGAAUAAAUUUGCGGCACACUUGGACCAAAAUGCUCACGUUAAGUACCGCAUGCACGCUGUCGAAUAUGGCGGCAACCCGGGGGAAGCGAUCGUCAAGAUAUCAGAAGAUGAAAAAGCCACAAUGGUCGUGAUGGGCACUCGAGGUCUGGGCGCCAUUAGGCGCACCAUCCUUGGAAGUGUAAGCGACUACGUGGUCCACCAUGCCAAGUGUCCGGUUCUAAUCUGCCACAAAGAUGGAAUCCAUUGAAUUGACGAACCAGAAGUGUCGUCAUGACAAAUUGGAAUGUGAUGUGAUUGAAAAACGAUCAACCAUUGAAUUGAUUAAGAAGAGACUAUUUGUAAAAUUCUCAAUGUUUGGUGACAGGUGAACCGUUCUUGGUCUUUAUUUGAUUAUGUGUUUGGAUCUUCUGUUCAAUGAAAAAGGAAGGUUUAUGUAUUUGACGAAAAUAUUACUGAUCAGCAAGAUUCGCCACUUGUGGAUGCAGCAUGCAUGAAGGUCAGACUUUUGCUGCCAGUAUAAGCUAUUUGUAACAGGACCAUACUAAUGUAAAAGCCGAAAUAGUUAUUUCAGCUGGUGCAUUUGUCUUCCUGAACCAUUCCCUGCAUUUCCCGACAAUAAUGUACUCAUCCCGACGAGGGAAUAAAGUUUCAUUUCAUUGUA